UUCCUCUUUCCUUCCCAAGCACCGAGGAGGCCCCAGCUCCCUAGGGGCUGAGAAGCUGGAGUCCUGGGGAAGGGGAGGAGCUGAGCCCUACUCUUGCGAGACCCCCGCCCUCCUCCCCCCACGCGGGAAGCAUGAACAGAAAAGACAGUAAGAGGAAGUCCCACCAGGAAUGCACCGGAAAAACAGGAGGGCGAGGCCGGCCCCGCCAAGUGCGCCGCCACAAGACAUGCCCCAGCCCCCGGGAAAUCAGCAAGGUCAUGGCUUCCAUGAACCUGGGCCUGCUGAGUGAGGGCGGCUGCAGCGAAGAUGAGCUGCUGGAGAAAUGCAUCCAGUCCUUCGAUUCAGCUGGCAGCCUGUGCCACGGGGACCACAUGCUCAACAUGGUGCUGGCCAUGCACAGCUGGGUGCUGCCGUCCGCCGACCUGGCUGCCCGCCUGCUGACCUCAUACCAGAAGGCCACAGGGGACACCCAGGAGCUGAGACGGCUGCAGAUCUGUCACCUGGUCAGGUACUGGCUGAUGCGACACCCUGAGGUGAUGCACCAGGAUCCCCAGCUAGAAGAAGUCAUAGGUCGUUUCUGGGCCACCGUGGCCCGGGAGGGCAACUCAGCCCAGAGAAGACUGGGAGACUCUUCUGACCUCCUGAGCCCUGGUGGCCCUGGCCCCCCACUCCCAAUAAGCAGCCCAGGCCUGGGCAAAAAGCGCAAAGUGUCCUUGCUUUUCGACCACCUGGAGACGGGGGAGCUGGCUCAGCACCUCACCUACCUGGAGUUCCGGUCCUUCCAGGCUAUCACGCCCCAGGACCUGCGGAGCUACGUUUUGCAGGGCUCAGUACGAGGCUGCCCGGCCCUGGAGGGCUCCGUAGGUCUCAGCAACAGCGUGUCCCGCUGGGUGCAGGUGAUGGUGCUGAGCCGUCCCGGGCCCCUACAGCGCGCACAGGUGCUGGACAAGUUCAUUCACGUGGCACAGAGGCUCCACCAGCUGCAGAAUUUCAACACGCUGAUGGCAGUCACAGGGGGCCUGUGUCACAGUGCCAUCUCCAGACUCAAGGACUCCCAUGCCCACCUGAGCCCUGACAGCACCAAGGCCCUCCUGGAACUCACUGAGCUCCUUGCCUCCCACAACAACUACGCCCGCUACCGCCGCACCUGGGCUGGCUGCGCGGGCUUCCGGCUGCCUGUACUGGGCGUGCACCUCAAGGACCUGGUGUCCCUGCAUGAGGCACAGCCCGACAGGUUGCCUGACGGCCGCCUGCACCUACCCAAGCUGAACAACCUCUACCUGCGGCUGCAGGAGCUGGUGGCCCUCCAAGGGCAGCAUCCACCCUGCAGCGCCAAUGAGGAUCUGCUGCACCUCCUCACGCUCUCCCUGGACCUCUUCUACACGGAAGACGAGAUCUAUGAGCUUUCUUAUGCCCGGGAGCCGCGUUGUCCCAAGAGUCUGCCACCCUCCCCCUUCAAUGCACCUCUGGUGGUGGAGUGGGCCCCUGGUGUGACACCCAAGCCGGACAGGGUCACACUGGGUCGGCAUGUGGAGCAGCUGGUGGAGUCUGUGUUCAAGAAUUAUGACCCUGAAGGCCGAGGAACAAUCUCUCAGGAGGACUUUGAGCGACUCUCGGGCAAUUUUCCCUUUGCUUGCCAUGGGCUUCACCCACCCCCACGCCAGGGGAGAGGAUCCUUCAGCAGAGAGGAGCUGACAGGGUACCUGCUCCGGGCCAGCGCCAUCUGCUCCAAGUUGGGCCUGGCCUUCCUGCACACCUUCCAUGAGGUCACCUUCCGAAAGCCUACCUUCUGCGACAGCUGCAGUGGCUUCCUCUGGGGUGUCACCAAGCAAGGCUACCGCUGUCGGGAGUGCGGGCUGUGUUGCCACAAACACUGCAGAGACCAGGUGAAGGUAGAAUGUAAGAAGAGGCCAGGGGCCAAGGGCGAUGCAGGACCCCCCGGAGCUCCUGUCCCAUCCACACCAGCUCCCCAUGCCAGCUGUGGCUCCGAGGAAAAUCACUCCUACACGCUAUCCCUGGAACCUGAGACUGGGUACCAGCUUCGCCAUGCCUGGACCCAGACUGAAUCCCCACACCCUUCCUGGGAAACAGAUACGGUCCCCUGCCCGGUGAUGGACCCACCAUCAACUGCAUCCUCCAAGCUGGAUUCCUAGACAUCUCUUGGUCUCCUCUCUUCCUCACUCCCUUCCCCCAGUCAGUCCUGAGUCCUGUCGUCAGACUCUGGCAGGGCUCCCAGAGGUAGGCCUCCAGAGGCAUCCGCCUUCCCAUCCACACUGCCUUUAGUGGUACGUCCAUCAUCUUUUUCCCUGGAAGUGACUUUCCUCUUUUGCAUCCUGGUGGAUGCUAAUCCUGCUCCCUUUCCCUGCACUUAGUAUCUGUGCGGCUGUGUGUUGGAUACAUUUAGACUCAGGCCUCAUUCUACCACCUCCCUACAUCUCCAUUUCUUUUUUUUUUUUGAGACAGAGUCUUGCUCUGUCACCCAGGCUGGAGUGCAAUGAUGCAAUCUCAGCUCACUGCAACUUCCGCCUCCUGGGUUCAAGUGAUUCUUCUGCCUCAGCCUCCCAAGUAGCUGGGAUUACAGGCACGCGCCACCAUGCCCGGCUAAUUUUUGUAUUUUUAGUAGAGACGGGGUUUCCCCAUGUUGGCCAAGAUGGUCUCAAACUCCUGACCUCAUGAUCCACCAGCCUCAGCCUCCCAAAGGGCUGGGAUUACAGGCGUGAGCCAACGCGCCCAGCUCCUGCUUUUCUGCAUAGAACGUUCUCCCUCUGACAGCCUAUACUUUUUCCCUCUUUAUCUCGUUGAACGUCUGUCUUUCCUCAACAGGAGCAUCAACUCCAGGAGAACAGGGAUUUCUAUCAAUGUCAUUCACUGCUGCAUCCCCAGUGCCUAGAACAGGGCUGGCAGGUGGUAGGCGCCUGACAGAUGCUUGUCUGAUGCCUGAAUGUCUCCUUACCCAUGCCCACGGCGCAGGAUAGAUGUGCUAUAGGGCAAAGAACUUUGAGGGUCGAGCAGCAGGGGCCCAUUCAGUCCCAGGGAGCAGAGACCCCCCCCCCCACCCCUUCACAAACCCCAACACCCCUGACUUGGCCCCCACAGAGAGAGGUCCUACAGCUG